AUGUUGCAGCAGCAGCAGCAACAGCAGCAGCAGCAGCUGCUGCUGCUGCUGCUACCUCUUCAAGCAGAGACUCUUGCUGCUGGAGCACUGCCCCUUCCCUUCACUCGCAUCAGCAGCACCGGCGCCUCAGCAGCGUCCUGUGGGCAUCAGAAGGCGCAGACGACGCCGCCGACGACAGCAGCAGCAGCAGCAGCAACAGCAGCUGCUGCUGCUGCUGCUGCUACCUCUUCAAGCAGAGACUCUUGCUGCUGCAGCACUGCCCCUUCCCUUCACUGGCAGCAGCAGCACCGGCGCCUCAGCAGCAUCCUGUGGGCAUCAGAAGGCGCAGACGACGCCGCCGACGACAGCAGCAGCAGCAGCAGCAACAGCAGCUUAGGGGUUACAUAUCCAGCCGCAGCAGCGGAAAGUAGAGAUGUUGCAGCAGCAGCAGCAGCAGCAACAGCAGCAGCAGCAGCAGCAGUGAGUGGGGGGCGCUGCCGCAGGCGGCGCUCGACGCAGCAGCAGCAGCAGCAGCAGCAGCAGCAACAGCAGCAGCAGCAGGAGGAGCAGUACCAGGAGCCUCUCCACCAUCAUUAUUAUUACCAGCAGCAGGAGCAUCAGCAGCAGACUCAGCAGCAACAGCAGCAGCAGCAGCAGCAGCAGCAGCAGCAAUACGAGGGGGCGCAGAGAGCUUCUGCAGCUCUCUCCCUUCUCCGCCUCCGCCAGAGAAAGGUUUUAGAUCUCUUCUGCGGCAGCGGGGCCCUGGCGGUGGAGAGUCUCUCUAGGGGGGCCCAGCACGCAGUCCUAGUAGACAGAUCGCUAGACUGCUGCGAGGCAGCAGCCAUCAACCUGCGGCACCUGGGGUAUACAGACAGCCGCGUGCUGCGGCUCUGUGUCUUUGAACUUCUCCUCGCCCCCAAGCGGUUUCUCGGGUAUGACAACAGCAGCAGCAGCAGCAGCAGCAGCAACAGCAGCAGCAGCAGCAGCAGCAGCAGCGGUUGCGACUCCGCGUCCUUCGACUUGGUGUUCGUGUGUCCCCCAUACACAGAGGUGGUGUAUGGGGACCUGCUGAAGCAGCUGCUUUUUUCGGGUUUGUUGCGGGUUGACGGCAUACUGGUGGUUGAGUACCCAAAGGAGAUGGGCUCUUUGCCUUUCAGGAUCGGCUUCCCGGGGGCCCCCAUCGAGCUGGAGGGGCUCAGAAGCCGCAGGUACGGCCGCACAUGCAUUGGAGUGUACACAGCCAGGCCUACCAGACAGCAGCAGCAGCAGCAGCAGCAGCAGCAGCAGCAGCAGGGGGCCCCCUGGCCCCCUUCCCCCUAUUUGGCUGCACCUCACGAGUUCGAGGCCCCCAAGCGUUCGCAGCGCAGACAGGCGCAAGUGCUGCAGGAACGGCAGCAGCAGCAGCAGCAGCAACUGCAGCAGCUGCAGCAAGCAGAGGGGCAACAGUGA